AUGCGGCCACUUACAGACGACGAGACCAAAGUUUUGUUUGAGAAGCUCUCAAAAUACAUCGGUCGCAACAUUGUCCACCUGAUCGACCGCCCCGACGAGCCAUACUGCUUCCGGUUACAGAAGGAUCGCGUGUACUAUGUCAGUGAAGACAUCAUGCGCAAGGCGACGCCAAUUGGCCGCCUCAACCUGAUUGCACUGGGAGUGUGCUUCGGCAAGUUCACAAAGACCGGCAAGUUCCGCAUGCACAUCACGGCGCUGCCGUACUUGGCGCAGUACGCGACAUACAAGGUAUGGGUGAAGCCCAACGGCGAGAUGCCCUUCUUAUAUGGCAACCAUGUUGUCAAGGCCCAUAUUGGACGUGUCACAGAGGAUAUGCCUGAGCACCAGGGCGUUGUAAUUUACAACAUGGCUGAUGUUCCCCUGGGGUUCGGUGUCAGCGCGAGAUCGACCGUGGAUAUGCGCAAGGUUGACCCGACCGGUAUCGCUGUGUUCCACCAGUCCGAUAACGGCGAGUACCUGCGUGAGGAGGAUGCCCUGUUCUAG